CUUCCGGUCCGCCGGAUUAUGAAUGACGGCCAACGUGGCUGUUUCCCGCGCGUCUUCCCUGUUUCUCUCCGGGUCUCUCUCGUGGCAAGUGGUCCGCGGGCGAAGACUUCCAGAAGCGGCCUCGGAAAACCGGCUCGGGCGGGGCGGGAAGGCGCAGGCAGCCGGUGUCACCGACAAGCUCAGACACCCUCCCUGCCUGGCCGCGCCUCUGCGACCAGGUAAAGAGGGCGCUCGGGCCGCCGGCUCCCGCAGUCCCUUCGACCCCAAGUGCUGCUCUUUGCAUCCCGCGGCGACAGGGCUGACGAUGAGGGGGUAGCGCGGAAAGAGUAAGGGCGUGGAAUUAGGGUUCGGAUUUCUCUCCAGCCCUGGGGACCCGUAGCCUCUUUAGUCGCAGCAUCUGAGGGUUCGUGCGGAGGGUACCAGGCCACUUCUCAGUUUACCCCACGGCCUUCUCUGCUAAUGAGGGAACAUAGCAGCUUCCAUUUGCAGGAGUCUGGGGUCGUUUACCGUUUGCUGCUAGAUGUGGUUUUUAAGACCUUUUGGUGACCCAAUGAAGGAAGAAAAUGAAAGGCAUUAAGAAAAGUCUUACAGAAGAACAUCUAUAUUUGGACUUUUCUCACCAAAUAGAAGGAUGCAUCUUUCCCCUUCACACAUCUGUAACUUUAUUUUUGUUAUCAUACUGUGAUUGCAAAAUCUUUAAAGUUUGCUUAGUUCUCACCAGAGAAAGCACAGAUAUUUCACUAAAAAGUGUACUGUCCCAGCAUGUCAAAGUACAGAUUAUUUCAAGACAAGAGCUUCCACCAAUAGUCCAGAAUUGCUGUUUACCUGCAGUAGUCGAAAGACCAGAAAAUUUCUGUAGAGCAGGACUUGCUGUUGUACUGAGACACAUAAUCCAGAAAUCAUAUGAAACAGACCCCUCAAAGAAGGAAAUUUUAGAACUUCUGGGUUUUAAGAAGACUUGCUUGAAAGCCUGUGCUGAAGUUAGUCAGUGGACCAGACUAUGCGAAAUCACCAUCCCUUUAGCUAUUGAGAAUUUUCUCAGAGAAUCUUCUGACCAGCACCCAGCUAUCCCUGCAGAAAUACUGCAGCUGGAGAAAAAGCUUAGUGAACCUGUGAGAGUACAUAAUGAUGACAAACUCCGGCGGCAGAAGCUGAAGCAACAGAAGGCUGCAGGGCUUGGGCCUUACCUUGCUGAGGAAAAAAUGAAGAGUGAGGUCCACAGACAAGAAACAUCUGAAGAAUUGGACUUCUCAUCCCUGAACCUGGAACUGAAAGUUGCAGUCUCCAAGCUGACAGUACAUGAAGAAGCAGCUACUAUCAACAGGGAGCCUUCUCACAUCAGAAAAGCAAAGGCCUCUGACCUUCCACCUCUGGAACAUGUGUUUGCAGAAGGCCUGUACUUCACUUUGGCAGAUAUUGUGCUCUUGCCCUGUGUCCAUCAUUUUUUGGUAAUUAUCUGCAAGAAACUUUCUGAAAAGCUGAUAGAAUUUCCACUGCUGGCUGCUUGGUACCAGAGGAUGCAAGAAGUGCCAAGAGUACAAACAGCAGCAGCUCAGUGUGGUAUCCAAUUUCUCCACUUACCAGAGUUGCUGACCACCUCAAAUGAACAGCAUCCAAACUUAAAUGAGGCCCCAGGUGUAGAGGAGCAAAAUGAUCCUUUGUUUAUAGGAGGACCGAGACCCACUAUGACCAAGUUAAUGGAAAAAGGCAUUGAAGUGAUGUUUUCUCCUCACCCUUGCCCUUCUUGGACCCUUGACUGGAAUAAUCUUCCUGUAGCAGUGAGCCCCAAAGAAGGCAGGAUGUCCAGCGGUCGGGCUUUGAGGAAGCAGCAACAGUUAAACAAUCUCGUCUAUGUGGUGACAAGUCAGGCCAAACCUGGUGACAGAAUCGUGGAUUUCUGCAGUGGUGGGGGCCAUGUUGGGAUUGUCCUAGCUCACAUGCUGCCAGCAUGCCAGGUUACACUAAUAGAAAACAAGGAAUUAUCAUUAAUUCGUGCUAAGAAGAGAAGUGACGAACUAGGUUUAAGCAACAUUUGGUUCAUUCAAGCAAAUAUGGAGUAUUUUACAGGGAUGUUUAAUAUUGGGGUGGCGUUACAUGCUUGUGGAGUGGCAACAGACAUGGUGAUUGAGCACUGCAUCAAAACACGGGCUUCCUUUGUGACAUGCCCUUGCUGUUAUGGUUUCAUUCAGAACACCUCAAAGUUUAAUUUUCCAAAAAGUGAACAAUUCAAGAAAACUUUAUCAUAUAAGGAACACAUGAUUCUUUGCAGAUUCGCAGAUCAGACAGCUGUCCAGCUUCCACCCCAACGAAGGCUUAUAGGAAAACAGUGCAUGUGCCUGGUGGAUCUCGAUCGAGCAAAAGCUGCAGAAGAACAUGGCUACUCCGUUCAGGUGAUAUCCAUGGAGCCUGAGAGCUGCUCUCCCAAAAACAACAUGAUCGUGGGAGUCCCUGUUUAGAACGAGAUGCUCACAUGGAUGUUUUUGCCUUCCGUCUUCAUGAUGACAGCCCAGUGGCAUUCAGGAGGUUCUUGGCAUAACUAGGAGACAACAUUAGCCAUCUUGAACCUAUUGUGCUCAGGAAGGAAAGCAGCAGGAAAGUCUGGGAAGAAAGGCUGCCUGCAAAGCAUCAAAAUACUCUUAUAAUGUGUGAUUUAAGGACCACUGGUUUUCAUGACGAGAAUCCCCUGAAGUCUCACUGCCAACAGAAUAGUACUCAUUAGUGGGGGUUCCGUCACUGGAAUAGCAAUUUCCUUCUCGGUUCACAGCUUUUCUAAUCUUGCCAAUGUGAUGUUCAAUUCAAAAUGAUGAAUUGAAGUCUUUAUAGUCAUCUAGAUAUUGAAGUGGAACCAAAACUAGACUCAGUGGGGUUUGUUUGUAUUUUUAACAAUUGUACUUUUCUAUGAUUUCUUUUAAAUCUAGUCAGCUAAUUACAGUAUGGUUAAAUGUUUAAGCUGGGAUGAGUUAGACUUAGAUAUCAUUUCAUAUACUUCUUUUAAUAUAUUUCCCAUAAAUUAGCAAAUGAGAUCAUUUUACAUGAAGACAUUAUGAAAUAAUUGCGGUAAAUUUCUCAUUAUGGGAACAUAUAAUUUGGACAUAAAUUCUAACUAAUCAACAAACACAUUGAUUAGUUCAUUCAAGUCUAUAAGUAAUCUUUGGUGAUUCAUUGUUUUCAAGACCCUGGCCUAGAUUAUUCUAAGGAUACAACGAUGAGUUGUAAGAGACACAAUGCCUUGCCUAUGGAUCAUUUAGAAGAUGAUGCCUUUCCUAGUCUAAAUCAUCUAGAAGAAAAUGAUUAGUGAACUAGUUAAGUUCUUUAUAUCAUAAUACAAAACAGGAUUUGUUUCUCAUAUAUCAAUCAUAUUUUUUAUUUACUUUUUUUCUUAAAACUUAUGGAAUAUAAAUGGGAUGCAGGCAUAUAGGGUAGAGAAAUUCAUUUGAAUAGUUCUCCCUGCCCAAAUUCUUAUCCUGUACAUUCUCCUUAUUCCACAAGCCAAAGUUCUUAGACUGAUGGCAUGUCCUUUCUCACAUUAUUUAAUUUCUACAUGCUAAUUAUUUAGCUGCUAGUUAUUUAACUUUUACAUGUCCUAGGUUCUUCUACUUGAGAUGAAAUUUUAUUUUCAUCAAUUUUGAUGUUUUCAACCCCUGAAUAACACAUACUAUGAGGAGAAAGGACUUUAAUAAAUACCUCUUUUAUCACUUUAAUCCUAAAUUACAGGAAUAAUUCAUGGAGGGUAGGAAGUUUGAACUCUUAUUUUCUGGGAUAGAAUUUAAGAAAAGAAUGAACCAUCAACCCUGAGUAUCUUAGUCAUUUGUGCCUAUAGACACACCAUCCUCUUAUCCUAAGCUAUGUUUUUUAAUUGAGGUAUAAUUUAUAGACAAUAAAAUAACAGAUUUUUAAGUAUUCAGUUUGAGAAGUUUUGACAACUGUAUACACUGAUGCAGCCAUCACCAGACAAAAGAUAUUUGCAUCAGCCCAUAGAGUGCCCUCAUGUGCCCUUUUGUUAAUUUCCCACACCUCAAAGACAACCACUUACCUACAUUUGUUUUGCCUAUUAUUGUCCUUCAUACAAAUGAGGUGAUUCAGCAUGUAGUCUUUUGUGUCUGACAUCUUUUGCUCAA